AUGGGCCGGUCCUCAACAAAAUCGGUGGCCCGUGUGUACUGCGAUGUUAACUCGAGACUUGGUCCUUCCUGGUAUGAAUAUGACAAUCUGCAGGUUCAGUGGGGAUCGCAGGAUCAUUAUGAGAUCGUUCGCAAAGUCGGCCGUGGAAAGUACUCGGAGGUUUUCGAAGGGGUGAACAUCGUGACCGAAGAAAAGUGUAUAAUCAAGGUCCUCAAGCCCGUCAAGAAAAAGAAAAUCAAGCGAGAGAUUAAGAUCCUGCAAAAUCUCGCCGGUGGACCCAAUAUUGUCGCACUACUAGACGUAGUUCGCGAUCCGGCGUCAAAGAUCCCAAGUCUUAUCACUGAAUACGUUCACAAUGUCGACUUCAAAGUCCUCUACCCAAGGUUCAGUGAUCUAGACGUCCGUUUUUACAUGUUCGAGCUAUUGAAGGCUCUGGACUUCUGCCACUCAAAGGGGAUCAUGCACAGAGAUGUCAAGCCCCACAACGUUAUGAUAGAUCAUGAACAUCGCAAGCUCCGACUUAUCGAUUGGGGUCUUGCUGAAUUCUACCACCCGAAAACGGAGUACAACGUUCGCGUUGCUUCUCGUUACUUCAAGGGUCCUGAACUCCUUGUUGACUUCCAAGAAUAUGACUACAGCCUUGAUAUGUGGAGUUUCGGCUGCAUGUUUGCAUCUAUGAUAUUCCGCAAGGAGCCCUUCUUCCACGGCCACGACAACUACGACCAAUUGGUCAAAAUUGCGAAAGUCCUUGGCACGGACGAUCUAUACCUGUAUAUUGAGAAAUAUACCAUUCGUCUUGACCCCCACUAUAGCGAACUAAUCACCAGAUUUCCCCGCAAGCCAUGGACGCGUUUCAUCACCUCGGAAAACCAACGAUACAUAUCCAAUGAAGCCAUUGACCUCCUAGACAAGCUCCUCAAAUACGAUCACCAGGCUCGUUUGACUGCGCGCGAGGCACAGGCACAACCGUACUUUGAUCCUGUGCGCACGACCAGCGUGAAUGUCGCUAAUGGAGAAAGCGAUUCCGCAUCAUCUGCAUGA